AGGUUACCCAUAUAUGCUCAACAAAAUUGUAACUGAAAACUUAAUACGUCACUACUGGGAAGGAAAACUUUCAACUGGCACUUCCUUGUACAUUAUAAGGCCUAAUUAUGAGUGACCAAAUCAAAUACAUUGUGGACAGUCUUAAUAAGGAGCCUUUUAAGAAGAAUUAUAACUUAAUCACUUUUGAUUCCUUGGAGCCUAUACAACUAUUACAAGUUCUCAAUGAUGUUCUGGCUGAGAUUGACCCAAAGCAAGUCGUUGAUAUCAGAGAGGAGAUGCCAGAGCAGACAGCCAAAAGGAUGUUGAACCUUCUUGGUAUCCUUAAAUACAAACCUCCAGGAAAUGCAAAGGACAUAAGUAUCUUUCGUCAGGGUCUGGUGAUUGGAAGUAAGCCUGUCGUUUACCCAGUGCUACACUGGCUUCUUCAGAGGACUAAUGAAUUGAAAAAAAGAGCGUACUUAGCUCGCUUUUUAGUAAAACUUGAAGUACCAAGUGAAUUCCUUCAGGAUGAAACUGUAGCUGAUACUUAUAAACAGUAUGAAGAGUGUAUGGAAGCUUUUAAAACUUUGCAUAAAGAAUGUGAGCAGCUUAAAACAUCUGGAUUUUCUACAGCAGAAAUAAGAAGGGAUAUCAGUGCAAUGGAGGAAGAAAAGGAUCAGCUCAUUAAGAGAGUUGAACGUAUGAAGAAAAGGGUGGAGACAGUUCAGAAUCAUCAACAAAUGCUUAAAAUAGCAAGCCAACUUCGAGUUGAAAAAGAGAGAGAAGAAUUUCUGGUACAACAGAAACAGGAACAAAAGAAUCAGCUAUUUCAUGCAGAACAGAGACUGCAAAGAGCACAAAAUCAACUGGAAAGUAUGCGAAAUGCAGCAGCAGAUGCAAAGCCUGAAAGUUUAAUGAAGAGACUGGAAGAGGAGAUGAAGUUUAAUUCAUAUCUAGUAACAGAAAAAUUUCCUAAAGAAAUAGAAAGUAAGAAAAAACAAGUACAACAUUUACAGAAAGUGGCUUCAGAACCUGCUAUGGGCCAUUCUGGUCUUCUUGAACUUGAGUCUAAAAUAAAUGAAGUAAACACACAGAUCAACCAAUUGAUUGAAAAGAAAAUGAUGACAAACGAGUCAACUGAAACCAAGUUCUCACUUUUUAAGCAACAGGCAUCCAUUAUUUCUCGUAAAAAAGAAGCCAAAGCAGAAGAACUUCAGGAGGCAAGGGAGAAGUUAAUCAGCCUAGAGAGGGAGGCAUCUGCAAAGACCAAUCAGAUGCGUGAACUGGAUGGCACUGAAACUGUGAAGGAAGAUGAGUUCAAGCGAUAUGUCAGUAAACUUCGAAGUAAGAAUACAGUUUUCAAAAAGAAGCAUCAGAUAAUAGCUGAAAUUAAAGCAGAAUGUGGUCUUUUGCAAAGUACAGAAGAACUUCUUAAACAACGUCAUGAAAAUAUUCAACAUCAACUGCAAACUAUUGAGGAAAAAAAGGGUUUAUCUGGUUAUAGUUAUACUCAAGAAGAGCUGGAAAGAGUGUCUACCCUGAAGAGUGAAGUUGAUGAGAUGAAAGGACGGACACUGGAUGACAUGUCUGAAAUGGUGAAAAAGCUGAAUUCACUGGUAUCUGAAAAGAAGUCAGUUCUAUCCCCAGUUAUAAAAGAAUUACGACAAUUGCGUCAGAAAUGUCAAGAACUAACCAUGGAGUGUGAAGAAAAGAAAGCUCAAUAUGAUAGUUGUGCAGCAGGCCUCGAAAGCGAUCGGUCAAAAUUAGAACAGGAAGUCAAAGGACUCCAUGAAGAAUGUCUUCAGGAAGAAAGUAGAUAUCAUUAUACAAAUUGUAUGAUUAAGAACCUUGAAGUGCAGCUUCGUCGUGCUACUGAUGAGAUGAAGGCAUAUGUCUCCUCUGAUCAACAGGAAAAGAGAAAGACUAUCAGGGAACAAUAUAUCAGAAAUAUUGCUGAACAAGAAAAUCUUGGGAAGAAACUCCGAGAAGAACAAAAAGCUGUACGAGAAAGUUAUGAUCAAAAUAUGAAACAAGUGAAAAUGUGGCGUGAUUUUGAAAAGUUGAUGGAAUGUAAGAAGAAGUGCUUUCAGAAGAAACAGCAAAGCCAGGUGCCCGUAGGUCAGGUAACGCAGGCAGAAGGAGAGGACCAGGAGGAAGGAGAGGACCGCCUGACUCUCUGA